AUGAGUACCAGAGAAACCCGUCCCGUUCGCAUCGCAGGCGCCUCUGGCUCUAGCGCUGACCGUCGUCAUGCAAUGGCCGAAUUCGCUCGCAAUCACCCCCAAGACCCCGUGGAUGUGAUCAUAGCCGACUUCAUGAGCGAAGCAAACAUGGUCACAGCCGCGGGACGUCGAGUAGACCAGCAAAGCAACCAAGGCACAGGAGCACCAGUUGCACCGGGGUAUGAAUUAACAUUUUUGCUAGCCCUCGAGCCGGCUCUCAAUGAUAUAGCCAAACAUGGCAUCAAAGUAGCGGUCAAUGCAGGAAAUACCGACACACGAGGCCUCUACGAUGUGGUAACGCGCAUGGUGCAGUCGAAAGGAUUGGACUUGAAAGUGGCUUGGGUUUCCGGUGAUGAAGUACUCUCGACGGUUAAAGCGUCGAUGGAGUCGGGCAAAUCGACGUUUAAAAAUGUCUACACGGGCGAAACGCUGUCUCAGUGGUCUUUUGAGCCGAUCUAUGCGCAGUGUUAUCUAGGAGGACUCGGUAUCGCCGCGGCUUUUGCGCAAGGUGCUGACAUUGUCCUGUGUGGACGAGUAUCGGAUGCAUCGCCGGUGAUUGGGGCUGCUUAUUGGUACCAUGGCUGGAACCGGCAUGAUUUGGACAAAUUGGCAAAUGCUUUCGUGGCUGGCCAUCUAAUCGAAUGUAGCAAUUAUGUCUGUGGUGGCAAUUUCACUGGUUUCAAGAUGCUGGAGAAUUCCGGUGGUGAUGGCUGGUCUAACAUCGGAUAUCCCAUCGCGGAGAUCUCAGCCGACGGCCAGGUGGUCAUCACGAAACAGACAUAUGCUACCGGAGGCGCUGUCACUGUAGACACUUGCUCCUCCCAGCUGCUCUACGAGAUCCAAGGCCCCUACUACUACAACUCAGACGUUACCGCCGUGUUGUCCGACAUCCACUUCGAGCAACUGGGCGUCAACCGCGUCGCCCUGCGCGGAGUCCGCUCCGCUCCACCCCCGCCCACCACCAAAGUCGGAAUCACCGCCCGCGGCGGAUUCCAAGCGGAAGCGCUGUGGUAUCUCGUCGGCCUCGACAUUGACGCCAAAGCACGCAUGCUGGAGUCUCAAAUCCGCCGCUCGCUCGCCCCGUACUCGUCCAACUUUACCGCCCUCACCUUUUCCACUCUAGGCUCGUCCCCGGAUAACCCUAGAGACCAGAACAGCGCCACCGUCACCCUGCGCAUCCUCGCCCAAGCACCCAAAGCAGAACACCUGGCCCCGAAUAACUUCCUCCGCCACAUCUCAGAUAACAUCAUGCAGGGCUACCCAGGAGCAACCUUCAACCUCGACCUGCGCACCGGCUUCCCCAAACCCGUCUACGAAUACUACGUCUCCCUCCUCCCCCAAACAGACAUCAAACACGUCGCCCAUCUCCCCUGGAAGAACCAAACCAUCGACGUCCCCGCUCCCCCAAUCACCCAGAAUUUCCCUCCCCGCCAACCAUCCCAGCCCAUCACAGCAUCCCCAUCCAACCCCACCACCGACUUUGGCCCAACCACCCGCGGUCCCCUGGGUUGGAUCGUCCACGCCCGAUCCGGCGAUAAAGGCCCCGACGCAAACUGCGGCUUCUGGGUCCGCCACGCAGACGAGUACGUCUGGCUGCGCUCGCUGCUCUCCAUCCCGGGCUCGCGAGACCUCCUCGGCGACGAAUAUAACGCUAACCCGUCGUUGGAGGUUGAGCGGUUUGAGUUGCCCAAUCUGCGGGCUGUGCAUUUCUUGUUCCGGAAUUUGUUGGAUAGAGGCGUGGGUGUUACGACUACGGUGGACUUUUUGGGAAAGAAUGUUGCGGAGUUUUUGAGGGCGAGGUGGGUGGAUUUGCCGGUUAGGUUUUUGAAUCGGGGGAAGUUGUAG